AUGCCCAGUGCUUGCACAAAGCAGAUAGAUGCUGUCAUGAUGAUAUCAUUAGGUAUUCUGGCUGCAGAUCCUCUCUUGAAUCAAAGAAGAGGAAGACUCCAGUUAACUUGCCUAGUUCAAAUAGGGGGAUUCCAUUUAACUGCAGCGUUCAAUAUUACAAGCAGCCGCAGAUCCAUGAUAGCAGACAUUGACUUGAUGGAUGUAUGCUUUAUUUUGCUGGGUGAAUCUGCAUCUGUUAACAUCCUUUCUGGCAAAAGAAGUCCAAUCAAUAUAGAAGUUUCUCCGGGACCUAUUGCCUUGACAGGUGAUACAAAAGAGGAUCGUGACUACAAUACAGAUACAUACAUUGAGAAGGAAAAGCUUGUACUGGUGAAGUUCCGGGAUUUUCUAGACAGGAUAAUUGCUCGUGGAAACAUAAAAGAUAAAUGGUCCACAUCACAUGGUUCUGGAAAUACGAAAGUUUCAAUCUGGAUCUAG